ACAAGCACUUGUCGACUUCCUUUUUAGGAAAACAACAGGAUUUGAAGUGAUUCACUCCUUAAAGCGAAUUUCUGAGAUUGGUGACGUUUUGACCAGAAGGAAACCGAUAGAUAUAUAAUUUACCACUAAAUUAUUUCAGCAGUUAGUUGAUACAUCUUCACAGCCAGAAUGUCUUUAGACGGACAAUUCCGACAGCUGAUCAUAUCAGACCCUCAAAAGAAGGCUCCACCAGCUGUGGCACCCAAACCAAAAGUACAAAACUCAUCACCGAAGCCAUUCAGACCAGGAGGCAGUACCUACAGACAGUUCCAGAGAACUGAAGAUUUUCCACCUCCUCCACCUCAGACUGCAUAUGUAGAGGAACAAAACUUCCCACCCCCACCCCCUGACACAGGGAGGGGUUAUGGUUACCAGGAAGUACAUGAUGAGUUCCCUCCCCCUCCUCAAGCAUCCACAGGAUAUGAAGGAAGAGAUGUCACGUCACCAAUCCACAUCGCAACAGACUACAAUCAGCAGUCGACAUACAACUCACAAAGUGGAUCAUAUGGAGGGAACCAGUAUUCUCCUUCGUCUGGAGGAUACCAGUCUAAACCAAGAACAGAAGUUGUUUACAGGACGGAAUCUCCUGUUAGCAGUCCUUACCAGGUGGACGAAAGGCAGAGAAACUAUUCUGAAAAUUCACCAACAGCCUUUCAACCGAAAAGCAACUACGCUAACAUCGAAUCGAUUCAAUCUGCUUAUACCGAUUCUUCUCCUGUCCCACAGGAACAACCAAUUUACGCUAAACCAAAUAUACGAGGAUCAUCGUCAGAUAUGUACAAUAGACCUUCCAGUAACUCUCCAUCUUACAUGACUGGUUCCCCAGAUCAGUACCAGUACCAACGUCAGAACGAGCCUUCACCACCUGUACAUGGAGGUUCUCCCAAUCAGUUCUACAGCAGACAAAAUAGUGGAGAAAGAUCACCCAUUAUUUACAAUCAGCAGAACAGUGGCGGGGAAAGAACACGUCACCUUAGUGGUGGAUCAGGUGGAUUUUCUCCAAGAUUUGAUGAAGGGACCAGACCUGUUCCCGGGCCACAGGUACCAGCUGCAGCUGUCAGUAUGCAGGGAACCAGUAAGAACAAAGAAGCAGAGGUUGAUGCCCUGACAAGCCUCUUAAUGGAAAAUAUGUCAUCAUCAGCAGAUCCAGAAUUUAUGGGAAUUUGUUGUCGCUGUAACAGGAAAGUGAUUGGUGAGACAAAUGGCUGUACAGCACAGGAUCAAGUUUAUCAUGUGUCCUGUUUCACUUGCAUGGAAUGUGGUACCAUGCUAACAGGGAAACAGUUUUACUCAAUGGAUACCAAACCUUACUGUGAAGCAUGUUAUAUUAAUACUCUAGAGAGAUGUUCAGUGUGUUCUAAACCAGUGACAGAUAGGCUUCUGCGAGCCACAGGGAAACCAUAUCAUCCUGACUGUUUUGUGUGUGUGGUCUGUGGUAAAAGUCUUGAUGGCAUUCCUUUCACUGUUGAUGCAACUAGUCAGAUUCAUUGCAUUGAAGACUUUCACAAAAAAUUUGCACCAAGAUGCUGUGUUUGUCAUCAGCCAAUUAUGCCAAAGAAAGGUCAAGAAGAAACUGUUAGGGUUGUUGCUAUGGAUAAAAGUUUUCAUGUUGAGUGCUAUAGAUGUGAGGACUGUGGAUUGCAGCUUUCAUCUGAUGCUGAAGGACGUGGAUGUUAUCCACUGGAUGAACAUAUUCUCUGUAAAAAUUGUAAUGCUAGAAGAAUACAGGCAAUGACCACAAAGAUGACCACAGAACUGUAAUGCACCAAUACAGCAAAAGAUACAGACAACAACCAAAUAUUACACAAUUCAGAAUGAAAAGUGCAAUGUACCAAAAUUCAGAUCUGCUUUAUUUUAUGUUCAAAUAUUUUUUUUUUUAAAUGAUCUGAAGACAUAUGAUUACUAAACUUUAAUUUCAUUUUCAUCAAUUUUUUUGUUCAAACUUGUCCAUGUAAUAUAUGUGCUACAACAAAACUUGUUUUCAUGUCAUAAAUGUCAGAUUCAAUUUUAGAUUUAGUGGUCUUUUGACCCUUGAACUGGAAGAGUUCUAAUGCAAUCAAUUAAAAAUCCUACCAUCUUUGUAAAUAUUUCACCGCACUUUACUAGUCUCAUGAUAUUUGUGUAUCACACACUUCAAACUUUUAAGAUAUUUUUUUUAAUCUGAAUUUGAAUAUUGAGCAAAGAUGUGAUUGAUAGAUAUUUAAUUUCGUCAUAUACAAAUUUGUUUUGGUGUGAAAUUUUUAUUUUAAUCAUUGAUAAAAUGUAUGCCCCUUUUUCAUUGGACAACGAUGGACCAAUGGUCCAAAAUAAUCCUCUUGUCCUUGUAAAUCUGUGGAUCCAUUAGUUUUCGUUGGUACCCAUUUCUGUGGAUUCAAGAAAAGUUGUUUUUUGUGGAUAAUAUAUUUCGAGAUUUUCACAACCCUAUGGGAAAUUUAUAUUUUGUAGAACACUUAAACUUGUCCUUAACCUAUGCCCAAGAAAUCCAUGAAAAAUGGUAUCCAACGAAUAAUAAUGAAUCCACAAGAUACAUAUAUAUAUUUUUCAGUAGCUACUUGUGCAAUACUGUCAUUUUCAUGUGUUUUUGCUUAUUAAUGGUGCCUAAAUAGCUACUGAUGAUCAUGUACAUGUAGUUGUUUUAUAUAAAUGUUCAACGAUUUUUUUUCAUAAUUAUGAUUUUUGACAGUUUUCAUUAUUGACUGUUGUUCAGACUGUUACUUGUUUGAUAGUUUUAACAGACUAGAAAAUAUGCAACAACCAGCCAUUGCAAUCUAAAAAUACUAAAUAUCCUUUUUUACAUAUUUGGGCAAAGUCAGAUAUUUUCUUUUUGAAGGAUUGUGAAUCAAAGAGGUGAGAAACAUUAUAUAAAUAACACAUAGCUGAGAGGGUGAUAGAGCAAAUUGUUACCCAGAGAAAACAUUGUCAACUGAGGUGAAGCCAAGGUAGGUUGACAAUGUCUUUUCGAGGGGUAACAAUCUGCUCUAUCACCCUCUCAGAUAUGUGUUAUUUAAUUUAUUAUACUAAAUGUUCUGUUAUUACUGUCUUUAAUUUCAAAUUCAAAGUAAUAAACUACGACGUCUUGUGCAUAACAAUAAUCAGUAUUUAUUAAAGCGCACACUUGAUCUCAAGCGUCUCCGUGAAGGGUAAUAGAGUAUUUGCCAUGGGAUAGAGUAAAUUGUCUCCCACCUAUCAACAAAUCAAAAAUCUGGCAUUUUGACAUGAAGUAUAAUAAUAUAUGUUAAAAUCCUCCAAAAAGAAUAUUGCAGGAAAGUAAAGUAAAGUUGUGUUUUUUUUUGGCAUACUUAAAUUCUUUAGGAUUAGUAUUAUGAGGUUUCAUUAUUAUUUUAUGCAGUUAAGCACGAUUUGUUAUUCUAUUAUAUUUUAUAAUAAAAUGGUGCUUUUUACUGUAGUGAAGUUAUAGAAAUAAAUGUUGACAUAAUCAAACAGGACUCAAAAUGAUGAAUUGUCUGGAAAUAUAUAUCACCAUGGAACCAAAAUAAUGACUGUUUGUCCCAAAACAGACAUGUAUUACAUCAAUUUGCUGUUUUCACCUGUGAGUGAACCCCACAGUCUUUUGUGACUGUUCAGAGAUGGAGAUUUAAACAUUUGAAACACAAGAUUUUGUCAUUUUGUGGACUGUCUAGGAACAUGUUGUUUGAAUUUAUACCUUAGACAAUCAGGUAACCGUUGAUAAAAUUCUGUCACUAUUUGUAACUGAAAUCAACUGUUGAAAACAUUUUAGAAGAGUGUAUGAAAAAGUGUUCUUGAUAGGAGCUGUUGGCCAAAGCUGUUCUAGGACAGAAAAUUUCAGUUACUGGGACAGGCAGUCAUUGUUUUGGUUCAUUGUGUAAAUUUAAUGUAUUUGUUCUACAAUAAAAAAGUGAAAUAUUUCAUAUUUUAUGAUAAAAGUGUAAUAUAUUUCAUUUUUUACAAUA